AUGAGCCUUCUCUUGGAUUGCACGCUCCUGUCCCCAGCCACCUCCUCUCCUUUCCCGCCAAAGCCCCGGCCUUCCAAACGCGCCCCCGAUCCUGCUGCCAUCCGAUGCCGCGCCGCGCCCUCGGGACCGGGAGACGCUGCUCUCCGCGCCUUCCGCGCUUACCACGUCGCGGGGCGCGCCCUCGACGCCAACCCCGCCCUGAUGCCCGCCCUCGCGGCCUGCGGGCGGCUGCUGACGGCCGCGGCAGAGGCUGAGCAGAUCCACACCCUCCUCGUCAAGUCCGGCCUCCCUCGGUCCGUCUCAGGCGUCUACGCCUCCACCUCCCUUGCGCGCGUCUAUGCGCGGCACGGCCGCCUUGCUGACGCGCGGAAGGUGUUUGACGGAAUGCCGGAGACGACGGUGGUUUCUUGGAACGUGCUUCUUGAUGGGUUUGUCAGGGCUGGGGACUUGGAUGCCGCCUGGGAAUUGUUUGUUGAAAUGACGGAGCGGAAUGUGGUUUCUUGGAAUACUGUUAUGGUUGGUUUUGCAAGGCUCGGGCGGGCGCAAGAGGCGGUGGAGUUGUUUGUUGAGAUGACGACGGUUUAUGGCUUGGUACCUGAUGAAGCGACGAUGGUUGGUUUCGUAUCGGCUGUUCGCAAUAUAGGUCUUCUUGGACUCGGGAGGAGCGCACAUGGUUAUGUAAUCCGGCGGGAGUUCUCACUGGACGGUGCUCUUGGUGUUGGUCUGAUCAAUAUGUACACAAGGUGUGGGAGCAUGACUGCAGCAUACCUGUGCUUCUCAAGCGUCACCAGCAAGAAUGUGGAGCACUGGACCUCUGCGAUCGGGGGUUUCGCAGCACAUGGUCACCCAGAUAUGGCACUGAGAUUGUUUGCCGAGAUGAGGGAAUUAGGCAUUGAGCCCAAUGAUGUCACCUUCGUGGCUGUCCUGAAUGCCUGCAGCCAUGGCGGUCUUGUUGACGAAGGUUUCAAGUACUUCAACAUGAUGAGGAAAAUGGGCAUUAGGCCAUCUAUCCAGCACUAUGGUUGUCUGGUGGAUCUUCUUGGACGUGCUGGGUUCUUGGAAGAAGCCUUCAAUCUCGCCAGCAGUCUACCAAAAGAUCCUGGUUUUGUGACAUGGAGCUCACUACUAGCUGCCUGCCAGACCCAUGGCAACGUUGACAUGGCAGAGGUUGCUGCUCAGAAGUUGGCAGACGCAGAGCCAAACCAUGGCAGCUCAUAUGUCUUGUUAUCAAACGCCUAUGCACGCGCUGGUCAAUGGGAGGACUUGAAGAGGACGAGAAGUAGGAUGGAGGCUCAUAGGGCGGUGAAGAAACCUGGGCUCAGCUGGAUCGAGGUUGAUGGGAGUGUACAUUCCUUUGGUACUGCAGACAAGUCACACACAGAAAACAAAGGUAUCUAUCAGAUGUUGGAAAACUUGAAACUUAAUUUGACAUCAGCUGGGUAUGAACCUGAAACAUUUUCUCUUCCUGAAGUUUGA